UGUCGGAGGGUUUUAGCAAUAGCCAAUGGCUUCAAAAUCCAUAAAACUCUCCUCGCUAUACCAAGUCUUGAUUUUUCCUCAUCUUCAGUAAAUGAUAAUGGAGCUUCUCAAUCCUUCAGUUUCAAACAGACCACUAAUUGUUCCACGCUUUUGCAUCUUCACUCGCAAAUUCCCCAUUAAAGCUUGCAACAGCAAAAAUCUAUCCGGAUUCCAUAUUCAUAGCUAUAAAUUUCACAAUAGCCCCUCCGUGCCGUUCCAUUUAUCCUACUCUGCCACCAGAAAUGUUCGUGUUUCGGCUCAUUUUGGACGACAAACGAAUCGCAGGAACUCUCUAAGGAAAAAGCUCAUUGAUGAUGCACAGGUGCGCCAAAAGAAUCUCACUUCUCUAAAUCCAAGCUCUGAUUUUCAAAACCCGAAUCUUCAUUUUGAUAAUCUUAAUAAUACUACAGAGAAUUUGGAUAAUGACGAUUUAAAAGAGAGUGAUUUUGGUUAUGGGGUUGGUUCUGUUGAGCCAGAAAGUGCAAAAACAUGGAAAACAAAAUCGGAAAAAAUGGGCGAAUCGGUGUUGUCGACUAAGCUAGAGGAGUGGGUUGAUCAAUAUAAUAAAGAUACUGCAUAUUGGGGCGUUGGUUCUGGUCCUAUUUUUACUGUCUUUCAUGAUUUAAAAGGGAACGUCAAGCGGGUUUUAGUUGAUGAGGAUGAAAUAUUAAAGAGAAGUCAAGUUAAGAAGCGAUUUGGGGAUUUAACUGAAGUGAAUUCGAAAGUUGUGUAUGCAAAGGAUUUGGCUAGAGAAAUGGAGAGAGGAGGAAAUGUUAUUGCUAGGAAUAGUUCAGUAGCAAAAUUUCUUGUUUCGAAUGAGUCUGCUUUUGUAAACACAAUUCGUGAUGUUGUUCUUCAGCCAGAGUUUGUCCCAGUGCUCUCGGGAUUAGGGAAAUUGAUAUUCUGUGGUUUUGUUGCUAUUUGGGCACUGAAGAAGUUAUUCACUUUGGGAAAUAAGGAGGAAAAGUUAACAGAAUUGGACAAAGAAAUGAUGAGGAGAAAGAUAAAGUCUAGAAGAGAGAAAGAAAUGCUGGAGGAAGGAAGAGUCGAAGUUGUUCAAGAACCUGUUGAAUUACCAAUAAUGUCAAUGGAAAAACCUAAACUGGAUAAACAAGAAUUAGUGAGAAAUAUACUUGAGGCAAAGGCUUCAAAGGAUAAAUUGCUGUUGAUGAAUUCUCCUAGUUCCCAAACUAUGGAUUUGGAUGAAAAAAUUCAAAAUAUUAGAGCAAUGGCAAGGGAAGCUCGAGAGGUGGAGAAUGGUGAACAAACAAUGAUUGAUAAGGAUAAAGAAGAAACACAGCCUGUGAAUGACGAAUCAUCCAGUGGGAUGCAAAUGCUUGAUGAGCGUCUUGAGGAGGUCAUAAGCAUCCCAAACAACAUUCAAAAUGGAAAGUCUGGCCAAACUGGGAAUGUGGUUGAAACUAGAGUGCAGAUGUCUUUAGACAGAUCAAGAGGUGAUCAUACUAAACAUCUAAAAGAGGUGUCUUCUGAACAAAAUAAGGUCAUCAAAUCUUCUAGCACUUCAUGUGCUGAGGAUUCAAAAGACAGGCAGACAAUAACAAAAGGAACGACAAAAAGAGAAGUUAUAAGUUCCUCAGGGACUGGUAAUCCCAAUGGUGAACUGUGUAUGCCUGAGGACAGGUCUGUUACAAUGAAACCAAGGAUUAUAAGAUCAGUCAGAGAAGCGAGGGAAUUCCUUGCUAAGAAAGGUAACCAAUAUUCCCAGGGACCCCAACUAAAUGCAGUUGAAGGAAGUACCACAUCUUUAAGUCCGCUUAGUGAUAAAGUGUCUGGAAGUAAAACAACCCAAGAUGAAGAAACGGAACCUGUCAAUUUGGGCAGAAUGUCAGAUCCUUUACCUACAUCAAAUUUUGAGGAGGAUUUGAUUCCAAAGGUUAAUGAAUUAGUUUCAACCAAGAAAGAUGAUUCUGAGGAUUCUGAUGAAGUAUAUAAAGUUCAUGAUUAUCAAAAUUCUGAAACGCUCUUAAAUGGUAACAGCAGUAGCAGCACAGGGAGAAGACAGCCUGUAGAGACAGAAAACUGGAUGGAGAAAAAUUUUCAUGAAGUUGAACCCAUUAUCAAGAAGAUUGGAGAUGGAUUUAAGGAUAAUUACAAGAUUGCAAGAGAAACAGUAAAUCAACAUAUAGGUGCUGAUGUAACACGGCUUGACUAUGGUGAUGAUGGUGAACUGGAGUGGAUGAAAGAUGAUGAUCUUAGAGAAAUAGUUUUUCAAGUCCGAGAUAAUGAGUUGGCAGGGAGGGAUCCAUUUCAUCUAAUGGAUGCUGAAGAUAAAACUAAAUUUCUCAAAGGUCUUGAGAAGAAAGUUGAGAAAGAGAAUGAAAAAUUGUCUCGGGUGCAUGAGUAUCUGCAUUCGAAUAUUGAAAAUCUUGAUUAUGGGGCAGAUGGCAUCAGUUUGUAUGAUCCACCAGAAAAGUUUAUACCACGAUGGAAAGGGCCCUCAUUAGAAAAGAAUCCUGAGUUCCUUAACCAAUUUCUUGAACAACGGAAUGCAAUUUUUGAUGGAAAUGCUAGUAAUUCAUCCCUUGGGAAGAAGGAUGAACAAAACCUGACUCAGAAAUCAACAGAAUCCUCAGUCAAUGACAAUGCUGCUACAUCCUCAUCAGACAAUGCUUCAGAGAAGAAUUUACGAAAUAAGGAUCCUAAUGUUCCCAAGACAAUCAUAGAAGGUAGUGAUGGUUCUAUUAGAGCUGGCACAAAAACAGGCAAGGAGUAUUGGCAACACACAAAGAAAUGGUCUCGUGGGUUUCUGGAAUCUUAUAAUUCAGAGACAGACCCAGAUAUGAAAUCUACCAUGAAGGAUAUAGGAAAAGAUUUAGAUAGAUGGAUCACUGAAGAAGAAAUACAGGAGGCAGCUGAUCUAAUGAAGAAACUUCCUGAGAGAAAUAAGAAGUUCGUGGAAAAGAAAAUCAACAAGAUAAAAAGAGAAAUGGAAUUGUUCGGCCCACAAGCUGUAGUGAGCAAGUACCGCGAGUAUGCAGAAGAGAAGGAAGAAGAUUACUUGUGGUGGUUGGAUCUUCCACAUGUACUGUGCAUCGAAUUAUACACUACCCAGAAUGGGGAGCAGAAAAUAGGAUUUUAUUCUUUGGAGAUGGCUGCAGAUCUUGAACUGGAACCCAAACCAUGUCAUGUGAUUGCUUUUGAGGAUGCUGGGGAUUGCAAAAACCUCUGCUGUAUUAUUCAAGCUCACAUGGACAUGCUUGGAAAUGGCCAUGCUUUUGUUGUUCCAAGGCCUCCAAAGGAUGCCUUUCGGGAAGCCAAAGCAAAUGGUUUUGGUGUUACUGUUAUCAGGAAAAAGGAGCUACAGCUAAAUGUAGAUCAAACCCUGGAAGAGGUGGAGGAACAAAUUGCUGAGAUUGGGAGCAAGAUGUACCAUGAUAAGCUCAUGCAGGAGCGUUCUGUUGAUAUAAGUGCGCUGAUGAAAGGUGUCUUUGGUGUCAAUGGCCAAACUGCUAGUUCAAAGACUAAGAGAAAAAGGUCAAAGAGGAAGCUGAAGAAGCCUGGCAAGAAAUGAAGAUGAUAAAACAGCUGGGCCAUAUAAAGUCGAUGGCUGUGCAAUGCAUUUUACAGGGUCUCUAUCUGGGUUCUUUGUGUUGCUUCCAGGAAGGAAGCACGGGAGCAGGAGGAGCACGUCCUGUCCAAUGCCGAUCUCUUUUACCUGUCAUACCAUCACCUAUCAAAUUCAAUAUGCUGCCAACUCAAUUUGUAGGCCCUUCCAAUCAUGCACUGUUGGCAAUUUUUGACAUUCAAAAUUUUGCUGCGCUGAGAAGGAUGAUUUGAACUAUGGCUAGCGCAGUACCAAUUCUAACAAGGAGCAUUAUAGCUUUGGUUCUCAAGGUGAAAAUGAAUUGUAAUGUGAGACGAAUUGUGGCUGCGUGCAUCACUAAUUUCAGACACAUUGAUCUCGAAUAACCAUCCUUGCAAAGUCUGAACUCUGGUCCGAGCAGUUGACCUCUGUAUUUGUUAAUAGUUUACUAUUUCAGUGUUGUACAUAUGAUAACAGAUGGUCUGUGUUUUUAGAACUGAAAGAUGAGUUAAUUCAAUUUACAACAAUGUGAAAACCUUCUGACUUCGCUCUUGUUUGACCUGUGAUAUACGUAAAAGGUAGACGAAUCAUUCUCAUCUUGUUUGAGAUGAUUUAUACUUAAAA